GGCUCCCGAGCCUCCGGGGCUCGCAUUCCCCGAGGCCGGGUGUCCCGCUGCCGUGUUCUGGAGUGCUGCCGGCGUUACCCCGUGUGAGAGCGGUGCCGGCACGCAGCUCUUCAGCUCGGUCGGUGUGAGGCGUGUUGUGUGGGAAAAGGUACAGGGGCCGUCAGCCUUGGAAUUCCCUCUUCCCGUCCGUCUGGCGCUGAGCACUGUGAAUGGGUGUUUGGUUCUGCUCCUCUGCAUCCUCUUCCCUGCGGUUGUGGCCUUCUGGACUCUGGCCCCGAGGGUAGAUAUGUUAAAAAGAAGAGCGCCCAGCAAUCUUUCUGCAGGAAGCCAAGAAGGUGCAACACGGGAGACGCAGCGGGGAGACUUUGGCAGGUGGUGCUGGUGACGCACAGAAGUUACUUUGCCUUGGGAAAACAAAAAAAAGCCGUGUCUGCUGCUUAUGUAGGUGUGUUUUUGUGCCCCCGAGAAGUUGCCCGGGUCGCGCAGCGGCGGCGGAGCGGCGGCGGCUCGUCCUGGGCAGCGGCGGCAGCAGAUGAUGGUGGCGGCGCGGCGGUAGCGCGGCAGCGGCGGCAGCAGCCCGGAUCCGCGGAUGCGCUGCCCAUCCCCAUCCCCAUCCCCGCGCGGAAGGGACACCUGAGGCUUCGGCAGGCGGGCGGGGAUCGCCGCCGUUCGGAAGGGGAGAGCGUGCCGGGGGAAGGCGGGCCGGCGCUCGGCUGUGUGUGCCGGUGGGCAGGGGGCUGGUUAUCAUGGCGGAUCGGACGGCUCCGCGCUGCCAGCUCCGGCUGGAGUGGGUGUACGGCUACCGGGGCCACCAGUGCCGCAACAACCUGUACUACACGGCAGGGAAAGAGGUGGUGUACUUCGUGGCUGGAGUCGGCGUGGUUUACAACACCAGGGAGCACAGCCAGAAAUUCUUCCUCGGGCACAACGAUGAUAUUAUCAGCCUCGCAGUUCACCCGGAUAAAACGUUGGUAGCCACGGGGCAGGUUGGGAAGGAUCCCUACAUUUGCAUCUGGGAUUCCUACCGUGUCCAGACCGUGUCUGUCCUGAAGGAUGCGCACACGCACGGAGUCGCCUGCCUGGCCUUCGACUCGGAUGGCCAGCGUUUGGCUUCUGUGGGACUGGAUGCCAAAAACACGGUGUGUAUUUGGGACUGGAAGAGAGGAAAGCUCCUGGCGACAGCUACAGGCCAUUCCGACAGGAUAUUUGAUAUUUCCUGGGAUCAAUAUCAGCCAAACAGAAUUGUCAGCUGUGGAGUAAAACACAUAAAGUUUUGGACAUUGUGUGGAAACGCCCUGACAGCGAAAAGAGGAAUAUUUGGUAAAACAGGAGAUCUCCAAACAAUCCUGUGUUUAGCCUGUGCUAAAGAAGACAUCACCUACUCUGGGGCUUUAAAUGGAGACAUCUAUGUUUGGAAAGGGCUCAACUUGGUCCGCACAAUUCAAGGAGCACACAGUGCUGGAAUUUUUAGUAUGUAUGCUUGUGAAGAAGGCUUUGCCACUGGAGGGAGAGAUGGCUGCAUUCGGUUGUGGGACACCGAGUUCAAACCAAUUACUAAAAUUGAUCUCAGGGAGACUGAACAAGGAUACAAAGGACUGUCCAUCCGCAGCGUGUGCUGGAAAGCCGACAGGCUCCUGGCGGGGACGCAGGACAGCGAGAUCUUCGAGGUGCUCGUCAGGGAGAGGGACAAACCCAUGCUGAUCAUGCAGGGCCACUGUGAGGGGGAGCUCUGGGCCCUGGCCGUGCACCCCAAGAAGCCUCUGGCGGUCACCGGCAGCGACGAUCGCUCCGUGCGGUUGUGGAGCCUUGCUGACCACGCCCUGAUUGCUCGCUGCAAUAUGGAAGAGGCCGUACGGAGCGUGUCCUUCAGUCCUGACGGAUCCCAGCUGGCACUUGGGAUGAAGGAUGGCUCCUUCAUCGUCCUCAGAGUAAGGGACAUGACCGAGGUGGUUCACAUCAAGGACCGCAAGGAGGUGAUCCACGAGAUGAAGUUUUCCCCGGACGGCUCCUACCUGGCCGUGGGCUCCAACGAUGGCCCCGUGGACAUCUACGCCGUAGCCCAGAGAUACAAAAAAAUUGGGGAAUGCAACAAAUCCUCCAGUUUCAUCACUCACAUCGACUGGUCUGUGGACAGCAAGUUCCUGCAGACCAACGAUGGUGCUGGAGAGAGGCUCUUCUACAAGAUGCCCUCUGGGAAGCAUCUAACGAGCAAAGAUGAGAUCAAAGGAAUUCACUGGGCCUCGUGGACCUGUGUGAUAGGAUCUGAAGUGAGUGGAAUUUGGCCAAAAUACACAAACAUCACAAAUGUCAACUCUGUGGAUGGGAAUUACAACAGCUCCGUGCUGGUGACUGGUGAUGACUUUGGGCUGGUGAAAUUAUUCAGAUUUCCAUGCCUAAAGAAAGGAGCUAAAUUCAGGAAAUAUGUUGGCCACUCAGCCCACGUCACCAAUGUACGCUGGUCCCACGAUUUCCAGUGGGUUUUGAGCACGGGAGGUGCUGAUCACUCUGUUUUUCAGUGGAGAUUUGUUCCAGAAGGGAUAACCAAUGGCAUCCUGGAAGCCUCUCCUCAAGAGGGCGGUGUUGAUUCCUACAGUGAGGAAUCAGAUUCAGAUUUAUCCGACGUGCCAGAGCUGGAUUCUGACAUUGAGCAGGAAGCCCAAAUCAACUAUGAUCGCCAGGUUUACAAAGAAGACCUACCUCAGCUGAAACAGCAAAGUAAAGAGAAAAACCAUUCUGUGCCCUUCCUUAAGAGAGAGCGAGCGCCUGAGGACAGCUUGAAGCUGCAGUUUAUACAUGGGUACAGGGGCUAUGACUGCAGAAACAACCUGUUCUACACCCAGGCAGGAGAGGUGGUUUAUCACAUCGCCGCCGUGGCCGUCGUCUACAACCGGCAGCAGCACUCGCAGCGCCUCUACCUCGGCCACGACGACGACAUCCUCAGCCUCAGCAUCCACCCCAUCAAGGACUAUGUGGCUACUGGGCAGGUUGGAAGAGACGCUGCCAUCCAUGUUUGGGACACCCAGACCCUGAAGUGUUUGUCAUUGCUCAAAGGCCAGCACCAGAGGGGAGUGUGUGCACUGGAUUUUUCAGCUGAUGGGAAAUGUUUGGCAUCUGUUGGGCUGGAUGAUAACCAUGCCAUUGUGUUCUGGGACUGGAAAAAGGGAGAAAAGCUGGCAACAACCAGGGGCCAUAAAGAUAAAAUAUUUGUAGUGAAGUGUAAUCCACAUCAUGUGGACAGACUGGUCACGGUUGGGAUGAAGCACAUCAAAUUUUGGCAGCAAACAGGGGGAGGCUUCACCUCCAAACGGGGCACGUUUGGGAGCGUGGGGAAGCUGGAGACCAUGAUGAGCGUCUCGUACGGGCGCGUGGAGGAGCUGGUGUUCUCUGGGGCUGCCACUGGUGACAUCUACAUCUGGAAGGAGACCCUGCUGCUGAGGACAGUGAAGGCCCAUGAUGGACCUGUGUUUGCCAUGCAUGCACUGGACAAGGGCUUUGUGACGGGUGGAAAAGAUGGAAUUGUGGCCCUUUGGGAUGAUAUGUUUGAGAGAUGUCUGAAGACAUAUGCUAUUAAAAGAGCUGCACUCUCUGCUAGUUCUAAAGGUUUACUUUUAGAAGACAACCCUUCCAUCCGAGCCAUCAGCCUGGGACAUGGGCACAUCCUGGUAGGAACUAAAAAUGGAGAAAUACUUGAAAUUGAUAAAAGUGGGCCUAUGACUCUGCUUGUUCAGGGCCAUAUGGAAGGAGAAGUUUGGGGCUUGGCAGCUCAUCCUCUCCUGCCCGUCUGCGCCACCGUGAGCGACGACAAAACCCUGCGCAUCUGGGAGCUCUCGUCACAGCACCGCAUGCUGGCAGUGAGGAAGCUCAAAAAAGGCGGGCGCUGCUGUGCCUUCUCUCCGGACGGGAAGGCGCUGGCGGUGGGGCUGAACGACGGCAGCUUUCUGGUGGUCAAUGCCGACACCGUGGAGGACAUGGUCUCCUUCCACCACAGGAAGGAGAUGAUCUCCGAUAUCAAGUUUUCACGAGAAUCAGGAAAGUACCUGGCUGUGGCUUCCCACGAUAACUUUGUAGAUAUUUACAAUGUCCUUACCAGCAAAAGAGUUGGAAUUUGCAAAGGUGCCUCGAGCUACAUCACCCACAUCGACUGGGACUCCAGAGGAAAGUUAUUGCAAGUCAAUUCUGGUGCCAAAGAACAACUAUUUUUUGAAGCACCGAGGGGGAAAAGACAUAUCAUAAGAAUUGCUGAGAUAGAGAAGAUUGAAUGGGACACCUGGACAUGUGUGCUUGGUCCCACCUGUGAGGGAAUCUGGCCCAUGCACAGCGAUGUCACCGUUGUCAACGCGGCCAGUCUCACAAAGGACAGAAGCCUCCUGGCCACCGGAGAUGAUUUUGGCUUUGUGAAGCUCUUUUCCUACCCAGUGAAGGGCCAGCAUGCCAAGUUCAAGAAGUACGUGGGGCACAGCGCCCAGGUGACCAACGUGCAGUGGCUGCACAACGACUCCGUGCUCCUCACCGUCGGCGGCGCCGACACUGCCCUCAUGAUCUGGACCAGGGAGUUCCUGGGCAUCCAGGAGAGCAAGCUGGUGGACAGUGAAGAGUCAGACACAGAUGCAGAAGAAGAUGGAGGUUAUGAUAGUGAUGUUGCAAGAGAAAAAGCAAUUGACUACACCACUAAGAUCUAUGCAGUGAGCAUCCGAGAAAUGGAGGGCACAAAACCCCAUCAGCAGCUGAAGGAAGUUUCAGUGGAAGAGAGGCAGGGAAUUGUCAAGGGAUCAAGGCCACCCGUGAGCAGAGCUGCUCCUCAGCCUGAGAAACUGCAGAAGAACAAUGUCAACAAAAAAAAGAAACUGGUUGAGGAGCUGGCUUUAGACCAUGUGUUUGGAUACAGAGGAUUUGACUGUCGUAACAACCUCCAUUACCUGAACGAUGGUGCUGACAUUAUUUUCCACACAGCUGCAGCAGGCAUUGUCCAAAACCUCUCCACUGGCAGCCAGAGCUUCUACCUGGAGCACACUGAUGACAUCCUGUGCCUGACGGUGAACCAGCACCCCAAGUACAAGAACGUGGUGGCCACCAGCCAGAUCGGUGACAUGACAGAAUUCCCAGGUACAACCCCCACAAUUCAUGUAUGGGAUGCCAUGAGCAAGCAAACCCUUUCCAUGCUGCGCUGCUUCCACACCAAAGGGGUCAAUUACGUGAACUUUAGUGCCACUGGCAAACUUCUGGUGUCGGUGGGAGUCGACCCAGAACACACCAUCACCGUCUGGAGGUGGCAAGAAGGGGCUAAAGUUGCCAGCAGGGGAGGACACCUGGAGAGGAUCUUUGUUGUGGAGUUCCGCCCAGAUUCCGACACUCAGUUCGUGUCCGUGGGGGUCAAACACAUGAAGUUCUGGACCUUGGCUGGCAGCGCUUUGCUCUACAAGAAAGGAGUCAUUGGUUCCAUGGAAGAUGCCAAAAUGCAAACCAUGCUCUCUGUUGCCUUUGGAGCAAAUAACCUCACGUUCACUGGUGCCAUCAAUGGAGAUGUGUACGUGUGGAAGGAUCAUUUCCUGGUCAGGCUGGUGGCCAAGGCUCACACGGGACCGGUGUUCACCAUGUACACGACUCUGCGGGAUGGGCUCAUUGUCACUGGAGGGAAGGAGAGGCCCACGAAGGAAGGAGGAGCAGUGAAGCUGUGGGACCAGGAGAUGAAGCGGUGCCGAGCCUUCCAGCUGGAGACCGGGCAGCUCAUCGAGUGCGUGCGCUCCGUGUGCCGGGGCAAGGGGAAAAUCUUAGUGGGAACAAAAGACGGAGAAAUCCUUGAAGUAGGAGAAAAAAAUGCUGCUUCAAACUUGUUAAUUGAUUGUCAUAUGGAAGGGGAAAUCUGGGGCUUGGCAACUCACCCCUCCAAAGACAUAUUUAUCUCUGCAAGCAAUGAUGGAACAGCCAGGAUCUGGGACCUGUCGGACAAACUGUCCGUGUGCUGGGGAGGUGUGAGCCUGUUGCGUGUGUCCCCGCAGAAGCUGGUGAACAAGGUGAGCCUGGGGCACCCCGCGCGCUGCGCUGCCUACAGCCCCGACGGAGAGAUGGUGGCCAUCGGCAUGAGGAACGGAGAGUUCGUCGUCCUGCUGGUCAACAGCCUCAAGGUCUGGGGCAAGAAGAGGGACAGGAAAUCUGCAAUUCAGGACAUCAGGAUCAGUCCAGAUAACAGGUUUCUGGCAGUGGGCUCACAAGAACAUACUGUGGAUUUUUAUGAUCUCACUCAAGGCACAACCCUAAACCGAAUUGGCUACUGCAAGGACAUUGCCAGUUUUGUCAUACAGAUGGACUUCUCUGCAGACAGCAGGUACAUCCAGGUAUCCACAGGUGCCUACAAGCGUCAAGUUCACGAGGUGCCACUGGGAAAGCAAAUCACAGACCCUGCAGUCAUAGAGAAAAUCACCUGGGCCACGUGGACCAGCAUUCUUGGAGAUGAAGUCAUUGGGAUCUGGCCACGAAAUGCAGAUAAAGCAGAUGUCAACUGUGCCUGUGUGACCCACGCUGGCCUGAACAUAGUCACAGGAGAUGACUUCGGGCUGGUCAAGCUGUUUGACUUCCCAUGCACAGAGAAAUUUGCCAAACACAAGCGGUACUUUGGGCACUCGGCACACGUCACCAACAUCCGCUUCUCGCACGACGACAAGUUCGUGGUGAGCACCGGAGGGGACGACUGCAGUGUGUUUGUGUGGCGCUGUCUCUGAGGAGCCCCUGGCUGCU